GAGGGAGGGGUCGGCCUGCGGGUAGCCAGAGGCUGGGGCGGCUGUGGAGCCUGGGUGGAAGAAGGAGUGUGGGGCAGCGAAAAGGUGAGCCGAGCUGACGGAGGGGACGCGCUGCGGGGCGCCCCCAGUCUAUGGAGCGGGGUAAGAUGGCGGAGGCGGAGAGCCUGGAGACAGCGGCAGAGCACGAGCGGAUCCUGCGAGAGAUCGAGAGCACUGACACGGCCUGCAUCGGGCCCACGCUCAGGUCUGUUUAUGAUGGUGAAGAACAUGGACGUUUCAUGGAGAAGCUUGAAACUCGUAUCCGUAAUCACGACCGAGAAAUUGAGAAAAUGUGCAACUUUCAUUACCAGGGCUUUGUGGACUCUAUAACUGAACUGCUGAAAGUGAGAGGAGAAGCUCAGAAACUCAAAAAUCAAGUGACGGAUACUAAUGGAAAACUACAACAUGAGGGAAAGGAACUGGUAAUAGCAAUGGAAGAGCUGAAGCAGUGUCGACUACAACAGAGAAAUAUUUCUGCCACUGUUGAUAAAUUAAUGCUGUGUCUUCCAGUCCUAGAGAUGUACAGCAAACUGAGGGACCAGAUGAAAACUAAGAGGCAUUAUCCUGCACUGAAAACUCUGGAACAUCUAGAGCAUACCUACCUGCCUCAAGUAAGCCACUAUCGAUUCUGCAAGGUGAUGGUGGACAACAUCCCCAAGCUUCGAGAAGAAAUAAAAGAUGUUUCUAUGUCCGAUCUCAAAGACUUUCUGGAGAGCAUCCGCAAACAUUCAGACAAAAUUGGAGAGACUGCCAUGAAGCAAGCCCAGCAGCAAAGAAACUUGGAUAACAUCGUCUUGCAACAACCCAGAAUAGGUAGCAAGAGGAAAUCUAAGAAAGAUGCAUAUAUAAUCUUUGAUACAGAGAUAGAAAGCACUAGUCCUAAGUCUGAACAGGAUUCAGGAAUUCUGGAUGUUGAAGACGAGGAAGAUGAUGAAGAGGUACCUGGGGCCCAAGAUUUGGUGGAUUUCUCUCCAGUAUAUCGAUGUCUACACAUAUAUUCUGUCCUGGGUGCCCGGGAAACAUUUGAGAAUUACUACCGAAAACAGAGGCGAAAACAGGCUCGUUUGGUACUUCAACCUCCAUCUAACAUGCAUGAAACUUUAGAUGGCUACAGGAAGUAUUUUAAUCAAAUAGUAGGCUUUUUUGUGGUUGAAGAUCACAUUUUACAUACAACCCAGGGCUUAGUAAAUAGAGCCUACAUUGAUGAACUGUGGGAAAUGGCACUUUCAAAAACCAUCGCAGCACUCCGUACCCACUCGUCUUACUGCUCUGAUCCAAACCUUGUGUUAGAUUUGAAGAAUCUCAUUGUGCUUUUUGCUGACACACUUCAGGUGUAUGGUUUCCCUGUAAAUCAGCUUUUUGACAUGCUGUUAGAAAUCAGAGAUCAAUAUAGUGAAACUCUGCUAAAGAAGUGGGCAGGUAUUUUCAGAAACAUACUUGAUUCUGACAACUACAGUCCUAUACCAGUAACAAGUGAAGAGAUGUACAAAAAGGUGGUAGGACAAUUCCCAUUUCAAGAUAUAGAACUGGAAAAGCAACUAUUUCCAAAAAAGUUUCCUUUCUCUGAAUUUGUGCCAAAAGUUUACAACCAAAUUAAAGAAUUUAUCUACGCUUGUCUGAAGUUUUCAGAAGAUCUUCAUCUAAGCUCAACUGAAAUUGAUGACAUGAUUCGUAAAUCAACAAACCUGUUGCUGACCAGGACUCUAAGCAACUCUCUGCAGAAUGUCAUUAAAAGGAAGAAUAUUGGGCUUACUGAGCUUGUCCAGAUUAUUAUCAAUACAACACAUUUGGAGAAAUCUUGUAAGUACUUGGAAGAAUUUAUCACCAACAUCACUAAUGUGCUUCCAGAAACAGUUCACACUACCAAGCUCUAUGGCACCACAACUUUUAAGGUGAGAGGCCCUGUGGUAUGGUGGAACUGCUUCUGGUGUAUACAGUCUGGGACAUUCUACCUAACAUGGCUUUGUUUCUGCAAGAUAGGAAAGGUGGCCCAGACAGCGUGUAUGUCAGCUUGCAAGCAUUUAGCUACAUCCUUGAUGCAACUUUUGUUGGAAGCUGAAGUGCGGCAGCUUACCUUGGGAGCAUUACAGCAGUUCAACUUGGACGUCAGAGAAUGUGAACAGUUUGCCAGAUCCGGCCCGGUGCCUGGGUUCCAGGAGGACACGCUGCAGUUGGCCUUCAUCGACUUGAGACAACUUUUGGAUCUUUUCAUCCAGUGGGAUUGGUCAACCUACCUUGCUGACUAUGGUCAGCCCAACUGCAAGUACCUCCGGGUAAACCCAGUGACUGCUCUGACCCUGCUAGAGAAGAUGAAGGAUACUAGCCGCAAGAACAACAUGUUUGCACAGUUUCGGAAAAAUGAGCGAGACAAGCAGAAACUCAUUGACACUGUGGCCAAGCAGCUCCGAGGACUCAUUAGCAGCCACCACUCAUGAAGGGUGGCCUGGACCUACAGAGGCGACCUGCUGCAGCCCCUUUGUCUGGGAUCCAACCCCAGCUGACCCUGCAUUUGUGUAUUCUUCUUCAAAGAGAGCAUAUGUAUUUUUUUAUUAACUCCUGUGCAGUAGUCACAUAACAUUUCCCUAUAGUAAAAGAGGCACAAGAAUAAGCAAGUACAUGAGGUGUUGCUAGGUUGGGACUCAGGGGAAGUUAUUACUACACUAUCUGUGUUAUCUUAGAGAUGGUGGUAUCCUCAAUCCCAGUGUGAUGAACCCCCUUCCAUCCAUGGCUCUAAAGCUUAGGUCAGGGGCUUAGGAGCCACCAAAAAUGGGUAUCUGGCACUGGGAGGUAGAGUGAAUAAGCAAAAGGAUACUAAAAUAUGUCCUGUUCACUCCUGGAUGCCCAUUCACUGCAUAGAUGAGGCUGAUUCUUCUCAAUGCAAGGAAAGGGCCUGGCCAACAUUAUUUAAUACACUAAGGGGAGCUCUGGAGGGUCAUCUCCUCAGUCUGCUGACUUUCACUGGCUUGUGAACAAACAUGUCAUAUGGCAAGAUGACAGCUUCAUUCCAAUCCCCCAAGCUUGGCAAUUUCUUUAGCCUAGAUCUAACCUGAGGCUUUUACUGCAAAUUUUUCUGGGGCAGGAUACAGCUAAGUAGAGAGCGGUAAUAAUUGGAUCCCAUCUUUAACUGCAGAUUGCACCAACUCUAGGAGUGUUGAGUCUCAACCCAAGGAGUUUUUCUGGAUCUUGAAAGCCAGUUUUCAUGGAAUCAGAGACCCAAUCCCUUCCCUGCUCAUCUCAUUUCCUUCAUUCACAGUCAGAGCAUUUGGUUCAGGACAUAAAUCAACAGUUAUUUCCAUAGGUCUUCACAGAGCGUCUGAGACUUAGCCUUCUCCAGUAAUGCUGUUGAAAUAGUUCAGAUUUCAGAAGCCUAAAAAUGGCCCUUACCUUACCCUUAGGUGAAACCUGAGGAUUAGUUGGGAUUGUUCCUUUAUGUUUUAAAACCAGUUUUUUGGCUAUGAUCUUCAAGGAAAUGUCACCAGCUCUGCACUGUGGGGGCAGCCAUGACUGGACUGGAUGCAUCUAGGGAUGGAGACAUUGUUACCAUAAAGUCAGCAGAGCCAACCAUGGCUUGUGACUUGUUGCCUCUGACCCAACUGUCCUUCACUAAAUAAUAUCCUAGAUAUUAUUUUGUCGUUGAAGCCCAAGGUUCCCAUCCUCUUUUGAGAUCCCCAAAACCAUCUUUGGCUUUGUCUGAGAAAGAUUGCCUAUAAUCCUAUCCUCCAAACUCUAAAGCCUGGAGCAGCUUAGCUUGGAGGCUGCAUUCAUUGUCCCAGAUGGACUCCUGAGACUUCAUACAAGGGCUUUGCUAUGAAGUCAGUCAGAGAAAACUGUACUUUAAGAUACUUCAGAAAGAUGCUACUAUGGCUACUGGCAAGAGUAUAAUUGCGCAUCACCAAACAAUGACAAAUAAGCCACACAGGACUUUCCAGCUUGGAUUGGUGGGAGGAGAGACUUGUCAAACAGAAUUCUUCACUACCUUUGUCAGCUACUGAGUUGCUUCUGGGGAGGGAAGCACUUACUUGCCCCCAACCACCCUCAACCCCUCUACCUCACCAUAUCCUAUCACAUCUUGAUAGUCAUGGGGAAGAGGAUGUGCACACAGACAUACAAACUUCCUCAAAGCUGGAGAGACCAGGCUACAUGUGAGCUCACAGACGCCUGCUGCAGCUCAUCCUGAGGGCUGGGUGGUUGGCCAGGGUUUCAGGAUGAGGGUAAGGGAUGAGCACUGCCACCCAGAACUUGAUAAGCCAAGAGAAGGCAGGAGCCAAAAUGGCAUCGCCAAGCUCUCAUCUUUGUUGAAACAAGUAAGAAAUGAUUAUAUUAAUCUGAAGUUCUAUUGCUUGAGAAGGGUUAAAAACACUUUUCUUCGCUAGUAUCCCCUUUGCAGCAAGAUCUCUUCAGCUUUAAGUACUGAGAGACUUUGAAGUGGAAAUGGAGAGACAUGUAAGCAUGCCACAGUGUUUAUCUUUAGAGGAUCAUCAUUGCUGGUCUCAUCCCAAACCUCUGCCUUGGAAGAACUGUGCUAUAGAGGAAAAGGUGAACAAGGUGGAGGAAUAGGGUUUAUUCUGCACAGAAGUCCCCUGAAAGAAAAAGCUUAUUCAAGCUCAAUAUAUAAAGAUGGACCCUUUGAUAUAUCUUCUCUCCAUUCUUAGUCUAUCUAACUGAAAGCAACAUGCAGCUACUGAGUUGUAUGUAGAGACAUAGUCUUGGUUGGACAGGGAAGAUAAAAACAGGGACCAGCAAUGUCAAGUUUUUGAAUUAGAAAAGUGGAAUGUUUUUAGUUUUGUCUGUAGACUUGUAGCUGGGCCAACCCUUGAGAGGACUUUUGCAAAGCAUGUGUGCCCAUACCCAUCAGACUCCUCAGAUAUGGCCUCAAAUACCUAGAGAUAUAGAAACCCUGGAGGGCUUCAAUAAGAGGGCAAGCACACAGAUGGCUAGAAGCCCAUAUGGCUUUUGGUCAGGAUGAACCCUUGGCCAAGUUCCUGGGGAAACCAGGUCUGUGUUCCUGAAGGGACAGUCCAGUUUGGGACCCUAUUAGGUUUCAGUAGUAAUAUAGGCUGCUUGCAUCAUUUUAACAUUCAUAGGAAAAAUCUCUUCGAGCAGGCUGUAAAUGAAGCUGUUGCAGGAAGGAAGGAAUAGGACCUGAAAAUGGGAACCAGGAAGUGAGACCCUGUUGGCAAAGGGAAUGUACAGCUUCCAGAGUGCAUUGCCCAGUGUUUUCAUUGCAUACCAGUCCUCCAAGUCAGUCUAGCCUUACUGUACACUUGACAAGUGCUUACUCAGCAAGUCACAGACCCACGGCCUUUUAUCUCUCAAGAUUGGCUUUGGCCAUGACCUUCCUUAUCAGGCCUCUGAGCACACUCUCUAGGGACUGCUGCAGAAAUUCCCCUACCUUAGCCUCCCUUCUCCCAGGACUCCUCUCUUGACUGCAAUUGCCUCUUUUUUUUUUUUUUUUUUUUUUUUUUUGCCUGCAUUCACAAGUACUUUUCACAAAGGUGUUGGAAAUGGCGUUUUUAUUUUGCACAGAUAGUUGCACAUUUAUAGAGAAAAUUAGGAAAGUCCAUUUUUAACUCUGAAGGGAACUUUUUUCUCUAAAACUUACUAGUAAAGCUACUGAUAUGGAUGGGCCGCAUGGUUAGGGGAAAUCUCCUCUGUGAAAAGAGCAUGUUUAUUCCUCUUGUACAUUUUCCUCUUUUAACUGCUAUUAAACAAGAAAGCCUACAUACCUGUUUCAAAAGCCA